AGAAAUUUUAAAAGAAAUGUGAAAAAGCAAGAAGUUUGUCUCGUAUCGGCGGUUAAACAAGUAAACAGAAGAACUACAGAAGCCAACAUCGUAGUCUCCGAGUUCUAGCCAUGUUAAUUUCCCCAAAGUUUGCCUGCCACAGACGGCGUGUCUACACCUCAAUCAACUUCACGCAUUUGUUCUCAACCAAUGAUGACCACCCGUCUUUCCAGCACCUCUCCACCAUUAAAUCCAAAUCACAACUCCUCAAUUCCUACACAGUCACACCACCUGUCAAACCAUGGCCCCGUUUCCUCACUCAUAAAACACUCAUCUCACUUAUCCAAUCCCAACAUGAUGUUAACCUUUCACUCCAAAUCUUUCACCAUGCUGCCAAUUUCCACCCUGGUUUUUUCCAUAAUUACGAAACCUACCACUCCAUUAUCAACAAGCUUUGUCGUGCACGGGAAUUUGAUAAAGUAGAGACCCUUUUAGCUGAAUUGAGGAAUUCUAGUAUUAAAUGUGGGGAGGUUUUGUUUGUUAAUGUGAUAAGGAAUUAUGGGAUUGCUAGUAAGCCUAAAUUGGCACUUAAGACUUUUUUGAGAAUUGAAAAGUUUGGUGUUCAGAGGUCAGUUAGGUCAUUUAAUGCUUUGUUGAAUGCUUUAGUACAGAAUAAAGAGUAUGAUUUGGUUUAUGCUUUGUUUAAGAAUUGUCAGAAGAAGUUGAAUAUAAUGCCUAGUGUGUUUACUUGUAAUAUAUUGUUGAAUGCUUUGUGUAAGAAAGGCGAUAUUAGUAGUGCGAUUAAAGUUCUUGAUGAGAUGCCUGUGAUGGGAAUAGUUCCUAAUGUGGUGAGCUAUACUACCAUUUUGGGUUGUUAUGUGACACUCGGUGAUUUGGUGGGUGCGAAGAGGAUAUUUGAUGAAAUUGUUGAUAGAGGGUGGUUGCCUGAUGCGACGACGUAUACUAUAUUGAUGCAUGGAUUUGUUAAACAAGGGAAGUUUAUUGAUGCAGUUAAGUUAAUGGAUGAGAUGGAGGAUAAUGGGGUUGGGCCAAAUGAGGUGACGUAUGGAAUUAUGAUUGAGGCGUUUUGUAAGGAAAAGAAGUCCGGUGAAGCAGUUAAUUUACUUAAUGAUAUGCUAGAUAAGAGGUAUGUACCAAGCCCAGCACUUUGCUCUAAGGUGAUUGAUGUCUUGUGUUUAGAGGGAAAGGUUGAGGAGGCGUGUUAUUUGUGGAAGAAAUUAUUGGUUAAGAAUUGUACUCCAGAUAAUGCAAUAUCAAGCACACUUAUUCACUGGCUCUGUAAGAAGGGACAGAUUCGGGAAGCAAGGAAAUUAUUUGACGAGUUUGAGAAGAGUUCAAGUCCUAGUGUUUUGACAUAUAACAUGCUUAUUGCAGGGAUGUGUGAGAGGGGAGAGUUGCAUGAAGCUGGGAGGUUAUGGGAUGACAUGGUAGACAAGGGUUGCAUUCCCAAUGCUUUUACUUACAACAUGUUGAUCAAAGGUUUUUGCAAAGUUGGAAAUGCAAAGGAAGGAAUUAGAGUUCUAGAAGAGAUGCUUGAUAAAGGGUGUCUCCCUAACAAAUCUACUUAUUCCAUCUUAAUUAAGGGGCUUCUUGACUCCGAAUGCAAAGCAGAAGUUUUCAGGGUGCUUGCACUGGCUGCGUCAGGCGAUGUCGAUCCUGAAACUUGGGGAGUCCUUGUGGCCAAGUUUGUUACUGAUAUUCCUAAUGUAUGUUCUGUUUUGGGUAAGAUAUUGUCAGAGAAUGAAGUGUAAAUGUUUGUACUGACGCUAUUCAUACCCAACAUCUGAUUCUAAAGUGGGAGUAAGUAUGGUUCACAAAAGUAUUAUCCAUUACUGAGAGUGUUGGUGAUGGUCUCAGUGCUUGAUUCAAGAAGGUAUAUGCUCCCCGACGCAACCGUUUUUGAAGUGUAGAAGAAAUUUGAUAUUCUUUGGACGACAAAGUUGGAGCCAUUUGUGGAAGAAGACUGGAAAAUGAGUAAGUGAAGCAUGGGAUAUGCUGUUUGAUGACAACAUAAAAAGUGUCAAAGAAGUAAAAGGGAAUUUUUUUUCUUUACUAUUUAUACAGCUCUAAUACUGUAUUACUCUGAAAUAGAUUAGGUUAAUCAAUAUUGUUGUAAAUUAUGUCAUUUGUCUUAGGAUGAACCAAUCCAUGUUCAGUGUAAAGGAAGGGCACACUUGGAGAAUAAAUCCCCUAGCUCUUCACAUAAAUGUUCACACUGCAUUAUGAUGAAAUGUCCUCUUCCUUUCUUCACAUAUAAGUACAAAGAAAAAUAUGACCAUGACAUUGUGUUGUUAGCUAUUUCUUGAAUUACCCAUUAAUGAGAAUAUUGGCUUUGUCCAUUUGUCUUCCUUUGAUUUAUGAAAUAAAUCAGCGCUCUCUACCUGGACUAAUUGGUAAUUUGCAGAGAAAAAAAAUGCUUCACGUGUAGGCAAGCAUCCUAACUGGCUAAGAUGCCUUUCAUCUGCUUCGUAGAAGUUGGUAGCACUUUUGCCAUUUCCUAAGCGUGUUUCUUACUGCUUCUGGCUUUUCCGUCUUGCUUGCAAAGACUACUUCUCAAGGCAUCUUAUAUAUUUAGUACAUGACAUCUAACAUCAUCCUUGUCCAACUUGAUCAUAUUUCCAUUUGUGAGAGUAGGAUAACUCCAUACCUAGUAGGAUUCCUUGCACGUACCUAAAAAUAUAGCUUCCUAAUAUUUGUGGGAAAACUUGGCUUUUCUUCACCUCUAUGGUGGUCAAAUGCAAUUCAUAUGUAUGUUAUGAAGAUUUGAACCCUAGAGAUUAGUUAUUUAAAAUUUUAGCGAAAUCCUUUAUCUUAGUUAUUCUUUACAUCUUAUUACUGUUUCUUAGUGAUCGGAAGACGGAGCUUUGAAAAAGUCAGGAAUUUGUUCAGAAAAAUUCUUGCUGAGUUACUUUAUCCUUAAUACAUAUAGAGAACCCCAUUGAAUUUGGUCCUAGAUGCAAUGGCUGCUAAACUUGGGUGUGAGAAUUAAUAAAACGAGUGGUAGUUGUAUGACAAUGGACAAAUGGUAAUGGUUGCAGAAAAUUAACUGAUGACUCACUGAAUUGACCAGACAAAUCUUAUAAGACAGCUGGUGUUAUUGUUCUUACAUCAGACUGAAAGCAAUUUCGUGGGAGCUAACUGCACUAUCUAUUCUUCUUCAUUUUAAGAGGGCUAGCUAUUCUGCAACCAUAUUGAACUGAAGUGUCUGCUGUAAGUUUUUCAGUCCUCUUGUGUGAACUUUAUUUGGCUAGAGGGUCCUAUCCUCUUCUUUUAGCUCUCUCGCUAAAUUUUGUUGUAGGAACCAACAGUGAAGUAGUUGGUGUUCUUUUUCUAAGAAACAUAGCCUGGUACUUUGGCAUCGUGGUGCACCUUUUCCACGAUCUUCAAGAACACAAAGUUGGAGAUCAUACACAGUUAAAGUCUCAAGAGAGUACCAUUUCCAGGUAUACGAUAUCGAGAACUCUCAAGAAUCUAUCUCAUGAUAGUCCUUUCACUUGUUGUGUAUCUCAUACAGCAAGAAGUUAAAAUGGAAGCAAGCAUGGUUCUCAAAAGAAUCACCUGUUAAUGAGAUUAUUGUUGAUGGUCUCGGUGCUUGGUUCAAGAAGGUACAUGUAAAUCCCUCAUUUAAACAUUUUUGAAGUUCAGAAGAACCUUGAUAUUCUUUGGACGACAUAAAAGUGAACAUGUGAAGCAUGGGAUUUGCUGUUUGAUGACAACAUAAAAAGAGUCAAGGAAGUAAGGGAAUGUUUUUUUAACUUUUUAUACAGCUUCUAGUACUCGGAGAUAGAUUAGGUCAUGAUGAAUACUGUUGUAAAUUAUGUCAUUUGUCUUAUCAUGAACUAAUCCAUAGUCUAUGUAAAGGAAGGGUAUACUUGGAGAAUUAAUCCCCUAGCUCUUCACAUAAAUGUUCACACUACAUCGUCAGGAAAUGUCCCUUCCUUUCUUCACAUAUAAGUAGAAAAAAACUAUGACCAUGACAUUGUGUUAUGUUGUUAGAUUUCAAGCACUCAACAUAAAAAGCUUUUCUUGCAAUUGUCCAAUCACGUUAAAGCAAAAAAAAUGAGAUAUCAAUGGAAGACAAAAAACAGAGCCUUGGAAAAUUUGUCUACCUAGAGUAUGAUGCCUAUUCCAAGCAAAAAAAUUAUACCUUGCUGCAUCUCAAUGUUGCUUCCAAAAUUGUUGCAAUAGCUGGCCGAAAUAUAGAGGGGGUUUUCUUUUCCUUUGUCCAUUUGCUUUCAUUUGAUUAAUGAAACAAAUCAAUAGAACUUUUGCCAUUUCCUAAACUUCUUUCUUAUCACUUGUAGUGUUUCUGUCUUGUUUAUGAAGACUACUUCUCAAGGCAUCUUAUAUAUUUAGUAUAUGACAUCUAACAUCAUCCUGGUCCAAAUCCAACAUAUUUCCAUUUGUGAGAGUAGGAUAACUCCACUGAGUUCUUAUAUACUUACUAGAACCUUGCACAUAACUAAAAACAUAGUUUCCUAAUUUCUGUGGCAAAACUUGGAUUUUCUUCACGUCUAAACUCUAGGGAUUUGUUUUCUGGGAAAUUGCAUUUUUUCGCCCCCAGUAAUUGGUAAAAUUUGAUUUUGGUACUUGUGAUUCCCAACUUUGAUCAUUUAACCUUCAACAACUUUAAAUGUUUGUUUUAGUCCUUCAGUAACAAACUCUCACAAGGUAUCAACUGCUUUAUCUGUAAGCAUAUCCACUUUUUGAGGAUGUUUGCUGAGAUUGCUUGGAUCUUUUGUUUUUCUACAAAUACUCACUUCAUGGUUCUUUCGUGAUUACUCUCCAUGUUUUUCUGUUUGGUUUGUUCUUAAUGUUGUACAUUAGACGAAUCGUCUUAUUGAUGUCAAAGGAAGUGGUUGUCAAAAACUUUUGGGAAGUCCUUUAUCUUAGAUACUCUUUACAUCUUAUUAUUUGUUUCACACUGAUUGGAAAAUAGCUUGAGAAAAUCGGGAAUUUGUUCAUAAAAAUUCUUGCUGAGUUGCUUUAUCCUGAUACAUAUAGAGAACCACAUUGAUUUUGGUCCUAGAUGCAAUGACUGUUAAACCUGGGUAUGAGAAGAAAAUAGAGCGCGGUAGUUGUAUAACAAUGGACAAAUGGUACUUCUUGGUUGCAGAAAUUAACUGAUGACUCACUGAAUUGACCAGACAAGUCUUAUAACAUAGCUGGUGUUGUUGUUCUUAUAUAAGAUUUAAAGCAAUUUUGUGGGAGCUAACUGCACGAUAUAUUCUUCUUCAUUUAAAUAGGGCUAGCUAUUCUGCAACCAUAUUGAAGUGAAGUGUCUGCUGUAAGUUUUCAGUCGUCCUGUGUGAAUUUUAAUUGGCUAGAGGGUCCUAUCCUCUUCUUUUAGCCUCUCACUAAAUUUUAUUGUAGGAACCAAGAGUGAAGUAGUUGGUGUUCUUUUUCUAAGAAACAUAGUCUGGCACCUUGGCAUUCUGGUGCACCUUUUCCACGAUCUUCAAGAACACAAAGUUGGAGAUCAUACACAGUUAAAGUCUUAAGAGGACCAUUUCCAGAUAUGUGAUAUUGAGAACUCUCAAGAAUCUAUCUCAUGCUAGUCCUUUCAUUAGUUGUAGUAUCUCCUACAGCAUAACAGCAGCUGAUUUCAAAGAGCCUGUGUGGAUUUACAGUAAUAAAGGCGUUUUGAUUGCUUGUGGCUUAAUGCAAUUGUUAUUUUAUGGAA